UAUUUCAACGGAAGUUUUCUAUCGAGUUGAAGUUCGCUAGCCAAUAGAUUUGGUAUCAUCGCGAGUUAGAUUUGUCUUACGAUGAAUAUCCUUCAGCAAGUUAUACGUUACCUACUAAUUUUGACCGUGGUCAAAGGACAUGGGGUGGAUUCAUACGAGGUCUGCACGGAAUGCAAUAUGGAUUUGAUAGUGAAAGACUUGGAUCAAUGUGACCGAUUCUGUAGCGUUAAUCCUGACUCCAAUCAAACUGAUUUGAAGUUCUCCUUGGAGUUAGUUUGUCGGACCGAAACAUUCCUUUAUAUUCGAGUGGAUACGGAUUUGAGUGCUGAUGAUAUAGACGCAGUUAUUUACAAAUUUCACAAAUUUGAAGCUGAUGGGGUCAGUCAGCCUUUCUAUUACCACGAAAACAGGAUGCUGGAUAUAAAGUUCAGUAACCUGACUGAAGAUAGCGUAUACAAAAUGUCUGUGAUGGCCUAUAACAAGGAUUUGCAGUUGAUUGGCAAGAGCAUGGAGUAUCGUUUCUUCACUUUAAGAGGGAGAGAUGUUCCAGAUGUGGUACGCAGGAUUACACUUCAGAAUAUAACUUUGGAUGAAACUCAUCCAAAUAAAGUGAAAGCCCUGGUGGCAUGGGAACCUCCCGCAGACAGAAAUUGCGACUAUGAGAUCGUCUCGAUUAUUGAAGGUGAGAUUCCGACCAGAACUGAAAACAGUGGCCCCGAUCGAGAUAUGUUUUACUCCGAAAUAACUAACAUUGAAAUGGAGAAGCGUUUGGACAUUGGAGUACGAGCCAUUAGUGCAUCCUAUUUAGAGGGUGAACUGAGAUGGGCAACAUUUAAGAUACCAACUUGUUUAAGCUUGUUCGAGGACGAUUUAUCAAUGUGCCAACCAGAAAAACCUGAAGGUCUUCAAUUCAAUCUAAAUUACGUCUUCAUUGGAUAUCCUUCAAUGGAGAUUACCUGGGAUAAGCCUAGGCUGCUCCCUGAUUAUUACGAGGUCCUCAUUUCGGUUUUGUCUCCAAAAAUCACAACUUCUACGUACAAACACGCCGUUCUCGGCACCGAGACUAGGCUAAUCAUCGAAAGUUUUAAUGGGACCGGAUUUGAAGUUGAAGUAAGCCUUGAGGCCCAUUCCAAAGGUGGAGCCUCGAAAGCGGUAGUGGUCAGGUCGCUACUUCAGAUGCAAGAGGAAAUUGAUAAACCUGAUGUGAUGAUAAUUGCUAUACCAUUUAUGUGUAUUGGAGUCUUAGUUUUUAUAGUUCCUAUGUUUGUUUCUAUGAUUGUGAUGGUGAAAAGCGCGAAAUCUCUCAAACGUAAAAAGGCUAAUCAGGGCAAGAAACUUAAAAGAAUAGUGCGAGGAUAUGUGGUAGCAAAAGUUUUAGAUAACACUCUCAAGGAAGUGGUUGCAAAAUGAUAGUUCCGAAGUGGAAGCUAAGAUGAAUGUUUACAGAAGAUAGUUGUAUAAAUAGGAUUAAGAGAAUUUUAAAAAUAAAUAAUUAGACUAGAACAA